GUAGACGGAAGUUUACGUGCAAAACAUGCGACGAAGAGACCACAAGAGAUGUCAAUAAAACUGCUGUCAACUCGAAUAAUAAAGAGCUGAACUUUACCAUUGACCACUAAAAUCGAGCGACAUCUUCCUUUCAUGAGCAUUUAACAAGGAUCUCACAAUGGCAGAAGGAAACACUCUUUCCGGUGUCAAUGUUGUUCUUGUUAUGGCCUACGGCAGCUUGGUGUUUGUGCUGCUCUUCAUCUUUGUGAAAAGACAGAUUAUGCGCUUCGCUAUGAAGUCUCGCAGAGGACCGCACGUCCCGCUGGGGCACAACGCACCAAAGGAGCUGAGAGAGGAGAUUGAUUCCCGUUUGUCAAAAGUGAAUGAUAUUCGUUAUGAGCCACAUUUACUCUCUAAAGAUGACGAUCGCCUGAAGCAUCAAGGCCAGAAUGGUUGUUAUAAUUACCUCUUCAGAAUGCAAGCGUUAGAUGCCAUCAGAGACUCUGAUAUCCCGUUUCAUGAGUUAUGUCGCAGUGCCAGCGCUCUGACCGGCCGCCGCUACAGGAAGUGGCUGCAGGACCUGCGAAACUCUCACUCUCUGUUCAAAUCAAGUCACAGUGCAUUAAUAGAUCGCUUACUGGAUGGCUAUGACAACGCUCGUCAUGGGACAGGGGUGUUUGGUGAGGCAGAGUUUGUGAAGUAUAAGGAAGAUCUGGCAGAACUGGCUGCUGUUGUGAAGAGCCACUCCAGCACCAGCAGUCUAAACCAGCAGCACCAGUCAGCAGCUAAAGAUCUGACCAGCUCCUCCGGCCCGUCGUCUGCCUCUACCAUUCAGGUCACGUACCUGCCGUCCACCGGACAGCGCAGCAAGAGGCCCAAACACUUCCUGGAGCUCAAAAACUUCAAAGACAACUAUAAUACACUGGAGAGCACACUUUAGAGGAACCCUUUUGAGGAACUGUGUAAAUACAACUCAGAAACUGUGAAUCAGAAAUGUUCAGUUCUCACUGGAAAAUCCUUCAUGUAGAAAUGAAAACUGUGGGAGAUGCAGUCAAACGGUCUCAGAUCACAUUGAGAAUGUGAGAAUGACUCAAUAUGACCAAAUCUGUCCGAUAAAUGUCAGUGCAACUGCUUUGAAAGCAAUGCGAGAAUUUUAUGUUUUUAGUUUUAAUGUUUUUCUGAUGGAGCUAACAGGAAGAGCUUUUUUCACUGUUUACCAGCUUUUAUUUGCGAGAAUGGCCUUUUAAUGUGAACAGGGAGUGUAAAGUUUAUAUCUUUAUUAUCCAAAGAGCACCAACAAAGCACCCUUUAGCUGAGAUGAUAACAUUUUAACUGGAUUGACUUCACUGGAACAGACGCAUGAAUUAAAAAUAGUUGAAUGGAUGUUAAAGGGACAGUUCACCCAAAAAUGACAAUUUACUCACCAUCCACUUGUUCCAAACCAAUGUGAGUUUCUUUCUUCUGUUGUGCACAAAAGAAGAAUGUUGCUAACAAAACAGUUGACUUCCAAUGGAUUUUUUUCUGUAAAUCAAUGGCUACUUGGCAACAUUCUUCAAAAUAGCUUAUAGAAUUUGCAUUAAUGGGUAAACUAGCCCUUUAACUAUCCAAUUUUAGACUAAGGCUACUUCAGUUUGAGGUUUCUAAAUAAGAACCUGUCCCACAUCCAUGAGAAGAGCUGUGCAGAGGAUGAGAAAUUGGGAGAGAAUGAUAUUAACUUCUGUGCUAUUGAUUAUUUCUUUUCAAGUGCAAUUGUAAUUUUUAAAUGAGUUGAUGUAAAUGUGUGUAUAGGAAGAAAAGUGUGGUUUGAGUCAUGAAUUGAUCUGGUUGUUGUAUGAGAGACUGUCUAUAUUGACUUUCACUGUAUUUUAAAGUCUUAUCAGAUAAUCUAAUAAACUGUCUGCGUCAUCUGUA